AUGAAAACCGUUACACUUGUUUUUGCUAUCAUUCUCUUAUCAAGCUGUGUCACAUCUCAAUUUCUUGAGCCAACAGAUUAUGAAGACCUCCAGUGGUGGAAUUCCCCUGACAUGCCACUCUCGAAUACCAAGGGCCAUCACUUCCGUCCAUCAUCGGAAUUGGCCAUAUGCUUUUAUGAUCACAAGAAGGUAACAAAAUGUCUCACUCAGGCAUUCAAAAGCAAACCCACCAUUGGUUCCGAAUCUUGUAAUUGUUGCGCCGCGAUUAAAACCUUAAAUGAAGAUUGUGAGAAGACUGCGUUUGGAUCAUUCCGCAAUCCUUUUUUCAACUACUAUGUUAAGAAACAUUGCUAUACCCAAGGUGGUUCUACUCCAGCGGCUCCCUCUCCGGCUUAG